AGGGCCAGGAUGGUUUGGGACCGGUGUGAUAGAGCACUUUUCUAGUUUUAACGACUCUGUUUGCAUAACGGAGACCAAGCUUCCUCCCGCCGGUCUGCCGUGCUUUUCUUCCCUCCUUCCCGGUCCUCUGUACCCUCAUCUAUGGUCCCUCUCUGCUUCCCAGAAGAUCCGUUCUCAAGGGGACUCACUCGGAGCUUGAGUCCCAGGAAGAUCCGGAGGCACCUGGGGGAGUGGAGUUGAGCGCCAGCCUGGGUGGGGAAGCCGCCCUGGCACUGCCCGACCCUAACAAAGGGAAUCGGACUGCGCGCCGUGCGAGCGCUCGGUGGGCUCAGCGACCGCCGCCGCCUUCCCGAUUGAGAGCGCUGCAAGCAAGGGUAGAGCCAGCUGUGCCAAGCUCCGCAGCCAGCGCCCGAGAGAGAAGUUAUCAGUGCCCCGGAAGUCAACUGAAAUGAACUGGCCCCCUUGAGCCUUCCCCAAUUAUCUGGUACCCACUUUCCAGCCGGAUGCUGAGAUGGUUUUUGAUCAUCCUGAGAAAAAUGAGCCUUGGCCUCCAGACCUAGUAAAAUAAACCUCUUUCCCAUGGAGAACAGUGCUGGCUCCUGAGGACCUGGAGGGCCCACAGCCCCAGAGGGAUUAGCCAAAAGCAGGCUUGGUUCCUGCUCCGAUCAGUGGCUCUCCUGCCCGUACCAUUCAUUAUGAUUCAUACCAACUUGAAGAGAAAGUUCAGCUGCUUUGUCCUGGUCUUUCUCCUGUUUGCCAUCAUCUGCGUGUGGAAGAAAGGGAGCGACUAUGAGGCUCUCACAUUGCAAGCCAAGGUAUUCCAGAUGCCGAAGAGCCAGGAGAAAGUGGCCGCGGGGCCUGCUCCCCAGGCUGUGUUCUCAAACAGCAAACAAGACCCUAAGGAAGGCAUUCAGAGCCUCAGUUACCCCAGGGUCACAGCCAAGGUCAAGCCACAGCCCUCCUUGCAGGUGUGGGACAAGGACUCCACAUACUCAAAACUUAACCCCAGGCUGCUGAAGAUCUGGAGGAACUAUCUGAACAUGAAUAAAUAUAAAGUGUCCUAUAAGGGGCCGGGACCAGGAGUCAAGUUCAGCGUAGAGGCGCUGCGCUGCCACCUUCGAGACCAUGUGAAUGUGUCUAUGAUAGAGGCCACAGAUUUUCCCUUCAACACCACUGAAUGGGAGGGUUACCUGCCCAAGGAGAACUUCAGAACCAAGGCUGGGCCUUGGCAUAAGUGUGCCGUCAUCUCUUCUGCAGGAUCUCUGAAGAACUCCCAGCUGGGUCGAGAGAUUGAUAAUCAUGAUGCGGUCCUGAGGUUUAAUGGGGCACCUACAGACAACUUCCAACAGGAUGUGGGCACAAAAACUACCAUCCGCCUAAUGAACUCUCAGUUAGUCACCACAGAAAAGCGCUUCCUGAAGGACAGUAUGUACACCGAAGGAAUCCUGAUUCUGUGGGACCCAUCUGUGUAUCAUGCAGACAUUCCGCAGUGGUAUCAGAAGCCAGACUACAACUUCUUCGAAACCUAUAAGAGUUACCGAAGGCUUCACCCCAGCCAGCCUUUUUACAUCCUCAAGCCCCAGAUGCCAUGGGAACUAUGGGACAUCAUUCAGGAAAUCUCUUCAGAUCUGAUUCAGCCAAAUCCCCCAUCCUCCGGCAUGCUGGGUAUCAUCAUCAUGAUGACGCUGUGUGACCAAGUUGAUAUUUACGAGUUCCUCCCAUCCAAGCGCAAGACAGAUGUAUGCUACUAUCACCAGAAGUUCUUUGACAGCGCCUGCACAAUGGGUGCCUACCAUCCGCUCCUCUUCGAGAAGAAUAUGGUGAAGCAUCUCAACGAGGGAACAGAUGAAGACAUUUAUUUGUUUGGGAAAGCUACCCUGUCUGGCUUCCGGAACAAUCGCUGUUUAGCCAGGCGCCCUCAUCCUUCUCCAUAAGUCAUUUUAUGGCUGUUCUCCUGGUUACCACUGCUUGAAGGAGUGUUUUUAUUCAACAGGCCCAGCCUGCUUCUUGCACUCUAGGGAAUUUUGUUGGCGAGAGUUCUGGGGCCUCCAGCGUCUGAUGGCAAGGAGGCAGACCCAGCCUUCCCUGCAGGCACAGAGUAUGGGAGCCCAGAUUCUUGUCGUACACAUUUCUCCUGACAACAUCCUCCUCUCCUUUCACAUGAGUAGGGGAAAGAGCCACAUUUCUCACCAGGGUUGCCAAAACUAGACUUUGUUUUUUCCAACGGAAUGAUGUCAUCCUAACAAAGGAGCACCCUCCGUGGCUUAAAUCUCUCCCUAGGUGGUGAUUUCACGUCUCCCAGAUCAUGAUUUAUGUCAGAUGCAGAUGGUGGCUUCAGGGAGGGGAGGCAAAUAAUUGGGACAGGGUGGGGAAGCCUACUCAGUUACUCCAGAGUAAAGUUGUUCCCAAGGGUAGUCCCUUGGGGACAUAGUCCCGUUGUCACCCUGUCUGGCUAGGCUGAUCCUUAAUCCUGGGUGCUUAUGAUCUUGCAAAGGAUCUUGGGUAGCCCACUCCCCACUCUCCAUGGAGACAGAAGGUACAAAACCUCCCAUCUGUCCCCAACCUGAUCAGAGUUGAGUAAAAGAGAGAGACACCCAACAGGCAGCUAGAAUGCAAACAUUCCGUGUGCUCAGUGAUCUGGGCUCCUCUCUGAGAGCGUGCUAUCUGGACACCCAGCAGGGGGCCAGUUCUACCGGGUUCUUGUUGAGCAAGAGCACUGGGGAAGCUCUUAGAGGAAGAAGAGAAACACACCGUCUGCGUCAGGAGAAGUUUUCACUUUCCCCUUUAUCACUGAUGUUACAUUCUGUACGACCUGUUAGAACAUGGAAGCCCAAGGUAUUUUUGUUAGGAAGUCCCUACCCACAUUGGCACCAAGUGCUGCCCCACAGUAAAUAGCAGAUUAGUCAGAUAAACUGGGGCUCUUUUAUUUUAUUUUAUUGUUUUAGCUGUCUACUCCCUAACCUUCUCCUAAUUGCUAUCAUUACACACCAGGCUUCCCUCCCAAAUUACUUUUAAUCAUUUUCUGUUUGGCAAUUGCCCCAACUUUCGCUGACCUUAUGGGCCCCUCCCCCCCAUGAAAGGUCUCUCAGGGCAUGGGGAAUAUGUUUUCUGGGACUUAGGUUAGAAUCUUAAUCAUAACUAAUUCUCACAAGGGGUGAGGUGUGUGAUCACAGAUUGCUCUGCUCCCCCUGCAAGGGAGUAGCAUUGGUCUCUGGGCAGGGAGGACCCACCCUGUUUGGCAAGCAUACUCUCACAAGGAUUUUCUGAGACCUCUCUACCUGGUGGGAAGCCACAGCAGCCCACUCAGCCCCUGGUGUGGAGUGGUUCAGUGACUUACAGAUCAGAAUUAAUGCUAUUGAAUCAAGGUCACUGAGACACAGUCUGCUGGAUUCCCAAGGCUGGCCUGUAUGCUCACAGGGCUUCGGUUUUUAGAGCUGCAGACCCACAAUCUCAGAGCUCAGAAACUUGUUUACUGCUGACUCCUUGCCUUAUGCGGGCAAUAGAAAGCCCGGAGUGAAAAGCCCUGGCUUUCCAGGUUGACCCCCACUUCCUCACUGUGCCACUUUGUUUCCAUAUCUGUAAAAUGGGGGUGACAAUCCUACCUCACAAGGCUGUGUGGGGACCGCAGGAAAACAUAUGUCUGGGCUGUGUGAGGACCACUGGAAAGCACGUGGCUGGGCUGUGUCCACGGUGCAUAGGAAGUAGGUACCCUGAUGUCUUUCCUCAUUUAUGGAGGGUCACACCCACUGCCUUGCUGCAGGAGAAGGCAGUAGAGAGGAGCAGGGCAUCCUUUCUGUUGUGAGGCAUCUGCAUCAUUUGCAAUGCGCAGGAGCCUACCUGUCUUGCUGCCUGCACCUCAGGGUGCACAGAGCAUUGGGCUGCUUGGCCGCCGUGUGGGUUAGGUCUAGGGAAUUCCUGGUUCAUUAUAAGGCAUCAGGACUGUGGAUAGAAUGCCCAGAAAGCUGAUGUUCCUUCAAGAGGUCAGCAAGAGGUACAUUAGAAAUGGAGACUACACUGGGUAGAUUCUAGUUUUUAGUUCUUAUUAAUGUGGGGGAGUAAAUUAAUAAGUGUAAUAUGAUUCUGAUGUCUGUUAGACUUUCUCUGUGCUCUGUAAAUGUGGAUGCUUGAGUAAAGUGGACUACGGAGUGGAUGUGGGCGUCACUGUUAGUCUGAUGAGGUAUUUAGUAUUUGCGACAGGUAGUUUAAAAUCUGUGACUGAGUGCUAUAGGAAAGUGUCUGUCUACUUGGGCACUGACGUCACUAGCCAUCUAUGCAUCCUAAAUGCAGGAUCCUCUUGAUUCCUUCUGCCAAUCAAAUCUCUCAUUGCUCUUGGUUUCUGGGUUUGUGUCAGAAACUUUUAAAACAUACCUGUUAAUUCUAAAUUAUCCAAAGAUUAUGUGCAAAUUUUAAAAUAAAUAUCUUUUGCAGAAA